UUUAUUUCCUCACACUCAACACUCAAUCAUCCUCUUCCUUUCUCCUUCAAUCUUUUCUUUUCUUUUCUUGUCUUCAAGAAGAGAAGCAUAAGAUCAUGGCUUCGUUUCUAAAUAAUAUUUUCGGGUCCCCUGACAAAAAGUAUAACAUCAAAUUAGAUAAAACGUUUAAUAAGGACCCUCUGGCAUGGUCGAGGGCACUGGUUAGGCAUCACUGUGGCAAAUUCUCCAUAGCUGCGGUUCAGGCGAAUAUGGAUAUGGAAGAUCAGAGCCUUGUUGAAGUUGGCACUAAUGCACUCUUUGUUGGAGUUUAUGACGGACAUAAAGGCAAAGCCACUGCGAUCUAUAUUAGAGAACAUAUCUUAGGGGAAAUAUUGAGGUGUAUUCAGCAGAAUAUUAACUCUAUGAAUAAAUACUUCUUUAAGUUAGCGAUGGAGACUAUUCUGAGGCAAGGUGUUGCCGAAAUGGAAAGAGGGUUUAUUGGGUUUGCUAGAAAUAGUUUAGAGCAACAGAAUCAGCUACAGAAUAGUUUUCAGCAACAGCAUGAGAUACAGCAUGAGAUACAAAAUAAUUUUGAGCAACAGCAUGAGAUACAAAAUAGUUUUGUUAGUUCAGGUUGUUUGAUUUGUAUCAUAUGGAGAGGGACGUUAUUUGUCGCCAACGUUGGAGACUCGCGCGCUAUACUCGGUUCUCAUAAGGGCAUUGGUCCAUUGAAAAGAUUGGUUGUUAAACAGAUGGUUAGAGAUCACAAUUUUCUAAAUUCAUCUAUUCAGCAAGAACUCGCUGAGUUGCAUACAGAUCAUUAUAAUCGUAGUCUCUACGAAAGUAUUGAAGAUAAAGGCUUAAUCGAGACAAGUAGAUGUAUAGGAAAUGCAUAUAUGAAAACUGAAAAGUUCACCCAAAGGAGACCAUCCGCAAUCCCAAUGUCGGAAGCAGUGACUCCAACUUAUUAUACAUUUCCUUUGAUAUCAUCACAGCCAGAAGUUUGUUCAAGAGUCUUAAAAAACACUGAUAGAUUCAUUAUAUUUGGAUCUGGUGGAUUUUGGAAAUUGAUUUCAAAUGAGGAUGCUGCUAAAGUUGUUAACACCAGUCCACGGGAUAGAAUCGCUGAAAGACUUGUCACGCUUGCUCUAGAGAAGGGGGCUGCUAAAGGGGGGAAAACAUAUCGUGAUCUUAUAAAGAUUCCUAAGAGUAAUUGUGUUAGUGGGAACAAUGGCAAUCAAAAUAAUGGAUUUAGAUCGGCUUAUCAUGAUGAUAUAACUGUGAUUGUUGUAUAUUUGGACAAAAGGCCAAAUAGGGAGGGUGUGAGGCCAGGGUUUUCAAAUUUCUAUAAUCAGAGUUCGACAAUCAGAGCUCGACAAUCAGAGUUUACAAAUUUCUAUAAUAAUGCUAAUGCGUGACACGUGUAUAGCUAGGAAAUAAGAUGCCAUAGUUUUUAUCAUUUUCUCAGUUCAGGUGUAAGUGGUCACAAUGAUUACGCCUCUGCCUUAAUUUUCCAAAUGGAAGUUUGAAAACAUUUCUGUUACACUGCAUACAUACAGUUUUCUGUUAAUUUGAUGUGGAUAUUGAAGUCUGUCUAUU